AUGAGGAAACAUUACCCAGGCUCCAGGACGCUUCCCACUGGCUCCGGACCCCUCCUGCCGCCGAAGAUCCCCACCCCCCGUCUCUACCCCCUGCGGAACCCAGAAGACCCUGCCUGGACCCCAGGACCCUUUCUUACCAACUCAAAACUCCUCCUGCCAUUGCCCACAGACCCUAGGGUACCCCAUGUGGACCUCACGCCCGCUCCGGAUCCUUCCCGCUACCCACCGCAGCAUACAGGGGACCCUGACUGGACCCAGGCCUCUUCCCACUGGUUCCUGACACAUCCCACGGCCAUGUACAUGAUGGGACCAAACCUGUCCUACCAGGCUGGCAGCCUGGACCACAUGCCGCUUACUCCAGGCUCCGGGUACAUCCCGCAGGCUGCCACUGCCCCCGGAACACCUGUGAUCCCGAGGGACCUGGCCCGGAUGCCAGACCCAUACCGCCACCCACCACGUCACCCAGGGAACCUGGCCUGGACACCAGGCCCCUUCCUGUUCAAUCUGGAGCCUUCCCAUAGGCUCUGGACACCACCCAUCACGGCCACAGCCCUCAGGGAAGCAGACCCCUUCCGCCCUCCUCUGCCGCCCGAAGGGGACACAGCCCUGACCCUAGGCCUCUUCCAGUUGGCUCUGGACUCCUCUCGAGGCUGUGGACCCCUCCCUCAACUGUGGACCCCUCCCACCAGGCCACCGCCCCCAGUGGAUCUGGCGCAGACACCAGUCCCCUUCAGCUGGGUCCAGACCCCUCCUGCCGGCUCCAGAGCCCUCCCACUGGCUGCCACAAACCCCAGGGUACCUGGCACUGAUCCCAAGCCCCUUUCCACUGGCUCCAGACCCCCACCCCUACCCCGCGGCAGCCUGUGGACACAAGACGACCAGACCAGGACCCCAGCCCCAGUCCCACCGGCUGUAGAUCCGUACCGCCACUCACCGCGGCACCCCUCCCGCCACUGCCGUGGUGUCAAGAGGACCCGGCCCAAACAGCAGGCCCAUUCCUGGGACCCGGCCCAAAACCAGAAACCUACUCGCCGGCUCCAGAACCCUCCAGCCACCCACCGUGGCACGAAGGGGACCCUGCCCAGACACCAGGCCCUUUCCCACUCCCUCUGGACCCCUCCCGCCACCAGCCACGACACCAAGGGGAUGCAACCAGGACAUCAGGCCCAUUUCGUCGGCCUCCGAUACUUCCUGCCUCCCUCCCUCCUCUGGCACCAUAACCAAGCCCUCAGGGUCCCAGACACCGACCCAAAGCCCCUUCCAGCUGGCUAUAUUCCCUCCCCCAGGGUACCCGGCCCUGACCCCAGAUCCCUUCUUGCUGUCUCAAGACCCCUCCUGCUACCACUGGCGGACCUGAGGGGACCCAGCCUGGACCUAAGGCUCAGUGCCACCAGCUCUGGACCCCUCCCACCACCCACCGCAGCACCCAGGCUCCAGACACAUCCCUUGGCCACCUGCGGACAUGAGGGGAUCCAGCCCAGACCCCAAGCCCAUUCCUGCCGGUUCUGGACACCUCUCAUGGCUCUGGACCUGUACCUUCAAACCCCACAGCACCCAGAGGACCAGGCCCAGAACCCAGGAUCCUUCCCACUGCCUCUGGACCCCUCCUGCCACCAGUCACAGUACCCAGAGGCCCUGACACAGACCCUACACCCAUUCCAGCCAUCUCCAGACCUAUUCCUGGCCACCUGUGGACAUGAGGGGCCUAGCCUAGACCCCAGGCCUAUUCCCUCAGGCUCUGGACACCUGCUGCCUGCUCUGGAUCCCUACUUUCCUCCCCAGCAGCACCCAGAGGACCUGGCCCGGACCCCAGGCCCCUUCCUCCUGGCUCUGUACACCUCCCGCCACCUACUACAGCCCCCAGGAGACCAGGCCCACACCCAAGGCCCCUUCCCACUGGCUCUAGACCCCUCUCACUAG